AUGGCGGAGGGAGGAUGCGUGGAGCCGGAGGAGCUGGAGAGGGGGUCCUCGAGGCCCCGGCCCCCGAGUGCGCAGGAUUUACAGUUGGCCUUGGCAGGACUGUACGAAGAGAAAGUGAAAUGCAAGUCUUCCAGGCCUGCCAGAUCUGCAGCUCCCGUCUUGAAGAGCCCACGAACACUGCCGCAGUGGCUUAUUCAGGUGAACAGGAAUGUACAUAUAGCUCAGCCUCUACCUGGGAACAUUGUGAAUGACCUCUUCAGAGAGGCAAGGGAGCAUGGGGCCGUCCCUCUAAGUGAAGCCACAAGAUCUUCCAGUGACGACAAAGCUAAGUCGUUUACAGGCGGAGGAUACAGAUUGGGCAGUUCCUUCUGUAAGCGGUCAGAGUAUAUCUAUGGAGAAAAUCAGCUGCAAGAUGUUCAAAUUUUACUGAAGCUGUGGAGCACUGGUUUCAGUUUAGAUGAUGGAGAAUUGAGACCUUACAGUGACCCAACAAAUGGUCAGUUUUUGGAAUCUGUUAAGAGAGGAGAGAUGCCCCUGGAGCUUCAGAGACUGGUCCAUGGCAGCCAAGUGAAUCUGGAUAUGGAGGAUCACCAAGACCAAGAGUACAUAAAACCCAGAUUGCGAUUCAAGGCUUUUAGUGGAGAAAGACAAAAACUUUGAAGCCUUACACCUGAAAUUGUCAGUACUCCUUCUUCUCCAGAAGAAGAGGACAAAUCAAUACUUAAUGCCACUGUUCUUAUUGAUGAUUCUGUGCCCACCACAAAAGUUCAGAUUAGGUUGGCAGAUGGAAGUCGUCUGAUCCAGAGAUUCAACAGCACCCACCGGGUCCUGGAUGUCCAAGACUUCAUCAUACAGUCACGUCCUGAGUUUGCAACAACAGACUUUAUUCUUGUGACUUCGUUUCCGAGUAAAGAGCUAACAGAUGAAAGUCAGACACUACAAGAAGCAGAUAUUCUUAAUACUGUGAUACUCCAACAGCUAAAAUAGUAUUGUUCCAACUCAUGUAGGAAUAGGUAAUGUUGUGCAUAUUGGUAAAAAUACUUCCAGCAUAAAAACAACCAAAUUAUU